AAGGUGGCACUGAAAACAAUUCACUUUUCGCGUCCAUAACGAAAAAAGCCACUUUCACGGAGAAAUUAGGCGUGCCAAUGCGCAGCCGAAGGAGAUGGAGAAAUGAAUGAGAAAUGGAAUCAAGGGGAAUCUGAGUAAAACCCGUUUUGUAUUUACUUACCUUCUUCUAAAAAUACUUCCAUACUUGUUAAACAGAGAUUUUCUCACUAUUUCACUGCAACUUUUAUUCGAUUCAUCUUGUUCCCGCAGCAGCGAAUAAUAUUGUAAUCAUGUCCCAAGCUUUGUGGGACGAUGUUGAUGUUGAUAAAAUGUUGGAUGCUUAUAUCUAUGAUUAUCUCAUGAAAAGAAAACUAUAUGCUUCUGCAAGGUCUUUUCUGGAUGAAGGGAAACUUUUUGUGGAUCCAGUGGCUUUUGAUGCGCCUGGUGGUUUCCUUUUGGAAUGGUGGUCUGUGUUUUGGGACAUUUUUAUUGCCCGCAUUAAUCCGCAGCACUCAGAAGCUGCUGCAUCUUACAUCAAGUCUCAGUUAACGAAGGAUGGAGAUUCGCAGCUACAACAACAAUAUCAUUUGCAGAAUUCUCAGCAGAGUACUUCAACCGCUAAUAGGCUUGUUAUGAACAGUUCAUUCAAUAUACAGAACCCUUCAGUAGCAAAUAAAAUGGCUUCAAAAAUGUCUGUGGAGAAUUCUUCUACACUCCCUAUUGAAAGGGAUGCACUAGCCAAUGUGCUCCCAAAGAAAAGAUUCCUCAAACAUGUAAGCCAGCCUCCAGCCUCAAUGCUUGGAACAGCUGCCUUGAAUGGUCAACCUCUGAGCCAGAGCCAAACACCCGGGGACAAUUCAAAUAGUAUUGAUACUCAAUAUCAUAGUCAACAGCUUCCAGGAUCCAAGAAUUUGAAAGGUGAGAUGAAGUCAAUUAUGAACUCCAGACUUGGCAUGACGCAAGGAAUUGCUGAAUCAAAUCAGGGCACUGGUCAUUUGACUUUGAAAGGAUGGCCUUCAACUGGACUGGAUCCUCUAAGCUUGGGGCAUCUGCAACAACCCAAGUCAUUCAUCCAAUUACCACAUACUUCCAAUCGAUUUCAGCUGGAGCAUCCACUGAUGUUUCAGGCACCUCAAAGCUUGGGAGGAGUACCUUCUGCCAAUGCGGCAUGUAUAAGACCGGGAGUGCCUUUAAGUCAAAAUCUGAAUACAGGGAAGGAUAGCCAAUUAUGUUUUAUCGAUGUGUCUGAUGGUGAUUCACUGGCACCAGUUUGUCAUCCUGUUUUGCCUCAUGCUGAUAUGGAUUGUCUCAUGGAUGAUGGCCCAUUAGAUUAUGUGGAGUCUUUCCUAUCUCCUAUGGAAUCAGACGAGAGAGAUAAUGCAGCUGAAGGCCCUGCACUGAAGGAAAUUCGUGUAGUUUCUGCAAGUACAAGUAAAGUUGAAUGCUGCUGCUUCUCAUCUGAUGGAAAACUACUUGCUAGUGGUGGGCGUGACAAAAAGGCUACAGUGUGGUGCACAAAGUCCUUCAAAGUGAGGUCUACACUUGAUGAACAUUCGCAAUGGAUAACUGAUGUUUGCUUUAGUCCAAGAACAUUAAAGAUUGCAACAUCUUCAAGUGACGGGACUGUCAAGGUUUGGGAUGUUGAUAAUCAUGGCCAAUCACUUCGGACUUUUACUGGGCAUUCCACUGGAGUCACAUCAUUGGACUUUCAUCCUAGUAAACAUGAUCUCAUUUGUUCUUCUGAUAUUAGUAGCGAGAUUAGGUACUGGAGCGUUAAAAGUGGCAGCUGUGUUGGCAUUUUUAAGGGUGGUGCGACACAGUUAAGGUUUCAACCUAAUAAUGGAAGAAUGCUUGCUGCAGCUAUGGGAAAUGUUGUUUCCAUAAUUGACAUAGAAACCCAAGUUUGCAGGCUUAAAUUACAGGGUCACAAAAAUCAAAUUCAUUCUUUGUGCUGGGAUCCUUCUGGUGAAUAUCUAGCAUCUACAAGUGACGACCAAACUAAAGUAUGGAAAUUUGGCUCUGGUAGCAAAGGAGACUGCAUUCAUGAGUUGAACUGCAAUGGAAACUCAUUUUAUGCCUGCGUUUUUCAUCCCACCGACACCUCUCUUUUGAUCAUUGGCUCUCAUGAGUCACUGAAGCUUUGGGACAUGACAGAAAACAAGACAAGAGCGACACUGCAUGCUCAUGAUAAGCUGGUAUCAGCCUUGGCGGCAUCAAAUGUUUCUGGUUUAGUUGCUUCAGCGAGUCACGACAACUGUGUCAAGCUGUGGCAGUAACGAAAUCUACAAGCUCUCUUCUCCACUCCAACCAAAUUACUAUCCUAAGAUCAUAUGUCGAGUGUCGAUAUCCAUACAUCAACGUCUUUUUUGCAUGUAGAUGGUGACGAACUAAAGCCAAAGGAAAGAAAAAACAAAUAUCCAGACACGGCUUCAUAGCAAACUCUUGUUGUGUGUGCUUUUGAAACGGUCAACACAAUCUCUUGCAAGUCAAUAUAUCCAUUGCCAGCCUUAGAUC